AGCGGUCACUCGCUCUGUUUCCGUUGAUAGCCUCCCUGGCAACAGGCUGAGCUGACAAACAACAUCCGCCCGGUCUGCGUCCUUCUGCUCCUCAUCGCCUCCAGGUGAAACUAAUGAGAGGAUUUUCUCCUCCGUGACGCCGCAGUUUGAUGUCUGACAUGGAGAACCCGCCGGCCGGAGAGCCGCGCUGUGUGAAGAGGAGGGUGAAGGGAUGCUCUCUGGACGUUCACCCCACUGAGAAGGCUCUGGUGGUCCAGUAUGAGGUGGAGGCGACCAUACUGGGAGAACUGGGAGAACCGAUGGUGGAAGAGCGCAAAGACUGUCAGAAGAUGAUCCGUCUGAAGAGCCUGAACGCCAACACGGACACGGCUUCUCUGGCCCAGAAGGUGGUGGAGGAAUGUCACCUGAUCCAUCCGUCCAAGCUGGCCGAGGUGGAGCAGCUGCUCUUCUACCUGCAGAACCGGAAACAGAGCAGCGACAACCAGGAGAAGAAGAACAUCUCGCCUCGGGACUUCACGCCGUACGCCGGAGUGGAGCUGGACGAGGAGGCGAGCAUCGGCAGCAUCGACGAGUACGUGGAGCUGCUGUACGAAGACAUUCAGGAGAAGAUCCGUGGCGCCGCACUCAUCUUCCAGCUGGCCCGUAACCCGGACAACCUGGAGGAGCUGAUGCAGCAUGAGGUGGUACUGGGAGCGCUGGCCAGAGUGCUGAGAGAGGACUGGAAGCAGAGCGUUGACCUGGCAACCACCAUCGUUUCCGUCUUCUUCUGUUUCUCCAGCUUCUCCCAGUUCCACAGCCUGGUGACCCACUUCAAGAUCGGCGCCCUCUGCAUGAACAUCGUGGAGCACGAGCUGAAGCGCUUCGAAUUGUGGCAGGACGAGCUGCAGAAGAAGAAGAAGGCCGCUGACGAGUUCCCCGACAACCAGAGUCUGAGGAAGGAUCACGACAAGUCGCUGAGGAAGUACCAGAGUCUGCUGGCCAAGCAGGAGCAGCUGCUCAAAGUGUCUCUGUAUCUGCUGCUGAAUCUGGCUGAGGACGCGCGGACGGAGCUGAAGAUGAGGAACAAAAACAUCGUCCAGAUGCUGGUGAAGCUGCUGGAGCGCGACGACCAGGAGCUGCUGCUGGUGGCCGUGUCCUUCCUCAAGAAGCUCUCCAUCUUCCUGGAGAACAAGAACGACAUGGCGGAGGCGGCCGCCGUGGAGAAGCUGGCCCGCCUGCUGCCCUGCGACCACCUGGAGCUCCAGAGCGCCACCUGUCGGCUGCUGCUCAACCUGUCCUUCGACGCGGCGCUGCGCGGCCAGAUGGUCCAGGCCGGCCUCGUUCCCAGGCUCUCCUCUCUGCUGGCUGACGAGGCGCAGAGGCAGCUGGCCAUGUGCGUCCUGUACCACAUCAGCAUGGACGACAGAUUCAAGCCCAUGUUUGCUCACACCGACUGCAUACCGCAGCUGAUGAAGAUGAUGCUGGGCGGUGAGGAGCAGCUGGAUGUGGAGCUCGUCUCGCUCUGCAUCAACCUGGCCGCCAACCGGAGCAACGCUCAGGUGUUCUGUGAAGGGAACGGCCUGAAGCUGCUGAUGCGGCGGGCUCUGAAGCUGAAGGACGUUCUGGUGAUGAAGAUGAUCAGGAACCUGUCUCAACAUGGCGGAGCCACCAAGAACCUGUUCCUGGACCACGUUGGCGACCUGGCGGCCCAGAUUGGCGAAGACGAGGCCGAAGAGUUUGUGAUCGAGUGCCUGGGAACCCUGGCCAACCUGACCAUCCCGGACCUGGACUGGGAGCUGGUUCUGAGGGAGUACGGCCUGGUUCCAUACCUGAAGCGGCGCCUGAAGCCAGGCUCUGCUGAGGACGACCUGAUCCUGGAGGUCGUCAUCCUGAUCGGCACCGUCUCCAUGGACGAUUCCUGUGCCGCCAUGUUGGCCAAAUCCGGCAUCAUUCCUGCUCUCAUUGAUCUCCUCAACGCCCAGCAGGAGGACGACGAGUUUGUCUGCCAGAUCCUCUACAUCUUCUACCAGAUGGCGUUCCACAAGGCGACCAGAGACAUCAUCAUCAAAGACACACCAGAAGCUCCGGCGUACUUCGUCGACCUGAUGCACGACGGCAACGCCGCCAUCCGCCGAGUGUGUGACAACACCCUGGACAUCAUAGCGGAAUACGACGAGGAGUGGGCGAAGAAGAUCCAGACGGCGAAGUUCUGCUACUACAACAGCCAGUGGCUGGAGAUGGUGGAGAACCGCCAGCUGGACGAGCCCUUCCUGUCCGGAGACGACGGGGAGUCCUUCAGCGGGAACCGGGACGUGCUGGAGCGGCCGGACCUGUUCUACGCCGCAGAUGGGAUUCUCUCCGGAGACGGAUCCAUCAGCCCCAGUUUCUACGCAGACAUCCAGAGCAGCGAGCUGGGAGAGGCCGGAAACCUGAGCAGCAGUUUGGACCAGUUUGUCCCGUCAGUUCCGGUUCCGGCGGACCGACCCGUCAGCGACUGGAGUUUCCGACCCGAUGAGCGGUUCUUCUACAGUUACACCGCCAACGCUUCCCAGUAAAGCCGGAUCCUUCCCCGUGGUCUCAGACUUGGACUAGGCCUUCUGGUUUUACUCUGUCUCACAGAAGCUGGAUGGGAUCUGCUCCGUCUUAAACCUGCGGUGGGCCAGGGGUCAAAGGUCAUUGGGUCUCAUUCCCCCAACUGGCCUCUAAGAGGCGCUGUGAUCAGAAUGAUCUAAUCUGAUUCUGUAAUCCACCGGUCCUCCACCGUGUUGAACUGUGGUUCACCUGGGUCUAGUUAAAGUCCGCUUGUGUGUGUGGUGUUGUUCUGGAGUUGUCCAGCAGGGGGCUCACACUGCCUGACCAGUCGUUCCUCUGUCGCCAUGUUCUCCUGUUUCCUGUUUUUAGGAAUGACCUGAAUGUCCGUCAGUCUCAAACCUGAAGCUCAGUGAAUCAAACGAUUUAAUCCAAACCGUUUCAAACGAUUUAAUCCAAACUGUUUGAUCAGCUUAGACAUAAAUGGAAACUUUCUCUGUCCUGAUUCUCCUUUUACUUACAGCUGAGACUGAAGGAUCCAGAGGCCGGUAACCUGGGCUUACCUGGUCCGUUACCGUGGCAACUGCAGCCAGGCAACUAAGAUGCCCCUGAUCAAAACAAGUAGAAGCAAAGAUCUGGAUGUUCGGCAGAACCAGAACCGGGCCAAAAGAGAACCUUUAAAUUUCCAUAGGAGAUCAUAAAAGUUUAGAUUUUGAUUUUAGACAAAUUGAAAAUAUUUAAGAUUUAAGGAAUAAAGAGCAGCUGAUGUGUCUGACAUAAAUAUAUUCAUUACAUGUAUUUAAUGUUAUUAAUCUGGAUUAUUUAAAUUAUAAAUGAUAUUUUGAAUUAAAGAGGAAAAAACUCCAGCAGUGAAAAUAAAAACUAUUUUAUGUUUUUUCUUUGUUUUUAUGGAUUCAAUAUUUUGACUUAAUAUUUUGUCCAAAAUGUCCCGACUGUGAGGAUGUCUUCGGUCCGCCGUCCUGUCCAGGCGGCGCCACAGGAAUCCGACCCGGUCCGGACUGACCCGAUCCAGACUGACCUGGUCCGGACAAACCCGAUCCAGACUGAACCGGUCCAGAACUUUAAAAAUGUCUGGCUGAAUUCACUCUUGGCCUCAUUGGUUCUGAUGCAGCGGGUCCAGUGUUUAUGGGUGUCCAAAGUGCGGCGCGGGGGCCGUUUUCGUCACACAGGUUUGAUGCCGGAGUUUUUAUCUUGAAUUUGGCCGGUGAUGAUAAAACGGUUUCUAUGGCAACAAACAGCUAAACGCACUUUGACAGGAAAACACUGAAAAUCACUUUGACUCAGUCUGCUUUCAGUUUAUUAAACUUAAAAAAACGAGUCGGACUGAAACCUUCAUGCUUUUAUUGUUAAGCUUUAAUACAGGAACCAGGAGGAAAUGUUCUGGUUCUGACCCAACCGAACAGAAUCCUGCUGAUUGGUCUAACCUGCAUCGUUUUGCUUCUUCUGCACAUGUUCAGUCUGACUGCAGAGCUUUAGUUUAUCUGAAUGUAAAAUCUGGUGCAUCUAUAACUGAGAAAUGAAUUUAUGUGUAAUAAAUGUUGAUUCCAGAAAUAAAAACUCAGACAUCGUCAUCGUCCUGCUGCGUUUGCUUUACUGGGAGAACAGAACCGGUCCGAUGCAGGCACUUUGGUGAGGAUCAUACCCGUCUCCAUGGCAACAGCCUCCAGGCAGCGCCUCUAAGGCCACUGGAGGGACAGCGAAGGCACCGCGUCUUUUACAUUCCCACUAAAUCCAGUUCAUCCAUGGAGCAGAACCAGCUGGUCCCAGAAUGCUGCUCCUGAACCAGACGGUUCUGGUAGAACAUGAAUUCAGUCCCUGCUGGGAUUCCUCAUGUCGGAUUUAAUGAAACCAGAAAAUCCGAUCAACUUUAUCCAGAUCUGGAGGAUUCAGUAGGAACAGCAGGAAUCUCGUCCUGGAACGUCUGGAAGUAGGCGAGUGAUGAACAUUUCUUGGGUCCGGUCAGCUGCUGGUACGACGGCAGUAAAGAACUACAUUCCUGACAAAACUCACAUUUUUGAGGUUAAUUUUCCAGAAAAAAUAACUGAAUUU